AAACAGCCACUUACCUGUCCCUCGGUCCCACGGUGCCCUCGCCGCAGCCCUUUUCACCAACAGUUCUGGUCUUCAGUGUGGGCACCUGGCUGUGACAGCUUGCGGCUUCACAGCCAGGUGCCCACUGUGCAUGUGCGAGUAGCGCGGCGGUUCCUGAAUGGCCCCGUAGUCUUCUGGGACCUGUCACGUGUCCCACAAGACUACAAGGAGGGAGGGGAGGAGGACAACUUCUGCUUCCGAUCACCUAGGCGAUCGCAGCGGAAGUGGGAGCGGGUACCUGUCAAUUUCGGGUACCCGCUCCCCAAAGGUGCCAAUCCUUAAUGGGGAGCGGGGGGACCAAUCUUUAAAGCAGAACUUCCUCUUUUGGGUGGAACCCCGCUUUAACAAAGAUUCUA